AUGUAUGUUCCUAGUCGAUCACACAAUCCCUCCCGUUCCACACCAUUCACAACAAAGGCUGCAAGCCUACCCAUCCAGCAGAUCCAGCAGAUCCAGUCAAGUGUUUGGAAUGCCCGAGUGUUCAGCGAAUCAAGUGGUGAAGAGACAAGCAGAAUAGGGGAGGUUCAGGGACGUGGAUUACUGCUUAAUAGUAGCACGCCUGUUGUAGAAGCAGCUGCGGCAUUUGCUGAGGCACUGUCAAUAUACAAGUCAUAUUGUGGCAUUACAAACCGACAGCCUCUGGAGUCAACGACUUUAUGUUCAUAUUCCGAGGCAAGGAGUGCACAUGCCUUGGAAGCACCACGCACCCGCAAAUAUGCAAUAGGGGGCUGGGAAAACCUUCUCUUUAAUUUAGGAUUCGCCAAUCUGCCUCAAAAUCAUGGCAUCACAGAGACGCUGAGCUGCUUAGAUAUCGAAGAGUAUUGCCAGCAUGAUGUCACUUCUUAUCAUAGGGAACACCUUGUACCGACGGGGCACUCGACGCUCAGGCACCAACGGGACUGCACUCACUCUGGACGCUGGCGAGGAUCCUCAGAGCUAAGCGCUAUGAGUGGGAACACAACCAAAGCAACUCAUGUGAUGCGUGAGGUGUCGUGUGAGGAACUAGCCGGCUUGAAGGAUCGAAUGUCUCGGUAUUUUCCUCAUUCAGCUUCUAUAUACGGCAUCGUAGACACAAAACUGCGCCAUCCUUUGGUCCAAGAACUUUCCACAGCUGUUUACGUUCCAGAGAGCCACCCGUCUUCGUCUCUGGUGGUGGCUACGCCUUCCUGCUCCUCCGAUUUCUUGAAGAGUCUGACGGUGUUCUGGUGCCAAGAGGAGGAGGAGGACGACGAGGACCUGGCUCUCCUGCUGGCGUCUCUCCCGGAGUGUCUUUGGAAGCAGCCCCUGUUUUUCUACGCUUGUUCAAUUCCUGUGCUUCGUAAGCUGGAAUCUCUAUUGAAUUACGAGUGUCUGGCAGGAGGACAGACGGUUUGGCAUCGGACAUCUGAAGGAAUGAUGUACAGUAUCAGUCGUGAAGAUCUGCAGGUGCAUCAGUUGCCCCCGGGUUUCACCAUGGGUCCCCUGAGGCCAGAGGACACACCCAUCGUCCGUUCGUGGUGGAAGUACAACUGGUCAGAGUCCUAUGCCGCCCUCUCGUCUCUCUUCAAUCACUUACCCUCCGUCGGCGUUUUCAAGGAUGACGAGGCCGGAGGCGCGAGCGAGGGAGACAGAAAGCUGGUUUCGUGGAUCCACCAGUACAAGAACGGCAACAUGGGAAACACGUUCACACUGCCGGAGUACCGAAGGCUGGGUUUGGCUCGCUGCGCCACCCUCGCUCUCGCUCGUAAGAACAUCGAGAGUGGCCGCCCCGCGUACCUGGUUAUUGAUGAGACAAACACAGACUCCAUCCUAUUCCACGAAAAAAUAGGAUUCAAGAAACAGUGCGGCGUAGGAUGGAAUGCUAGUCUUCCUCCUGGAGUGGCGCUUGAAGACGUUAUACGCGCACGAAAUGAUUGACGACUGUAUGCACGGCGAGAGGCUGUGGCAAAACCGUGGCAAAAAGGAAGAGUUUCAUGAAUAUGUGAGGAGUUGCUUGCCUAGCGGAUCUCGAUGACGCAGGUGUUAUUAGACUCAAAAGUGAUUUAAAAUCGAUAGAGAACUUUUCCUGACUGCUGCAUCUCCCUUGCGAUGAACAGAGCCGGUACAGGAGCGAGAUAUUAUCUUGGAAGAAUAUGUCACCUAAGUUCUUCUAUCCAAGGCAGUUAACAGUGGUGAAUAGAGAGCUGGUUCUCCCCAUGCUGACAGCAACAACUAGGAAAAGCUAUAGUCUUACGCGGGUGGUUCAUAUUGCAUCUAUUCAACUGUUACUGUCCUAUCCAUGUGGCUGAGAACUAAAAAGGGCUAAUGUCAUAAAAAAAUUAUGUUGAGAAAAACGCCUCUGAAUGAAAGUUUGCUCUAUUAAUUGAGAUUCAUUAAGAAGAGCUUUUCCUAUUGGUAAUCAAGGUGUGUUGCAUGAGUUUAAUUCAAUCAAAGACAUUUUUUUACACAACAAAAAUAACGAAUGUUUUUCAUAACGUAAAAAAAAAAUAUAUUUUUUUACUGCCGUGCUUUUAA